ACCAUUAUUCAAUCAAUCAACAAAUGUCAUAAUAACAAGAUAACCUCAAAAAUGUUUCUAGUUAGAAAUUCGAGAAAUAUUAAUUGUAAUUACAGAAAACCAUAUGUUUAUUGUUUUUGUUUAGAGUCAAUACGCUUAAAAAGUUCAGCUGAGCCUAAGAUUAAAACCUAUUCUCACACUAUUUUAUCAUUAAAAACAAAUUUUCCUGCCAGGUCCAACAUCGCCAAAAAAGAAGAGAUCCAAAAGGCAGCUCAGUUUUCAGAGCUCUAUAACUGGCAAAGGGAGCAUCUUAGUGGUCCAGAAUAUGUGUUACAUGACGGCCCUCCUUAUGCCAAUGGAGAUUUACACAUGGGACAUGCAGUUAAUAAGAUAAUCAAGGAUAUAAACAAUCGCAGCCAAGUGCUACAGGGUAACAAAGUGCACUACAUCCCCGGCUGGGACUGUCACGGCCUCCCCAUAGAGUUGAAAGCGUUGCAGAAAGCGAAAAAGAAACACAAAAAUGCGCCAACAGACCCCGUCAAUAUCAGAAAAAUCGCUAGGGAAUUCGCUCUGGACACUGUUGAGAGUCAAAAGGCCGCUUUUGAAAGCUGGGGUGUUAUGGCCGAUUGGGAGAAGCAGUAUUACUUGACAUUGAAUAAUGGAUAUGUCAAGAAUCAGUUGCAUCAGUUUCUUAAGAUGUACAAGGACGGAUACAUUUUUCGAACUUUGAAACCGGUCUAUUGGUCACCUUCAUCGAGAACCGCACUUGCAGAAGCUGAAUUAGAGUAUGAUCUUCAGUAUAAAAGUACUGAAGUUUAUGUCAAGUUUCCACUAGAAGUACUUCCAGAUGUGGUCAACAAUGUGGCGAAAGGCAAGCAAGUGUCAGCAAUUAUCUGGACCACCACUCCUUGGACACUGGUGUUCAACCGAGCGAUAUGCUAUAAUCCCCUAAUGAAGUACAGUGUGGUAAAGUUGAGUACAUACCCGGAUGAGCUGUAUGUAGUGGCCAGCGGGCUGGUGGACUCAUUGAAGAGUACACUUGAUGUGGACGUGGAGAGAUUGCUGGAGUUCGAUGGUCAACUACUAACAGGCACAAAAUACUACAACAAACUAGUCAAAGAAUCUCUGCCGUUCCUGGAAGGCGAGCACGUAAAAGACGAUAAAGGGACAGGGUUGGUCCACACUGCGCCGGCGCACGGGCCCGAGGAUUUCUUAGUUGCUCUCAAGAAUAAUAUGGCAGUAGUAUGUAAUGUGGACGAGGCUGGUUUUUAUACGAACUUGGAUGAUGAGCUUAAUGGUUUGCCAGUCCUUUCUAAAGGUCAAGAAGUAAUAAUCUCCCGGCUGUCAGACUCCAUUCUUUCCCGCGGCACGUAUACACACUCAUACCCACUCGAUUGGCGCACGAAGAAACCAAUCAUUAUAAGAGCUAGCCAGCAAUGGUUCAUUGACACUGAGAGGCUGAAGGAGAAGGCCCAGGCAGCCCUAGAAAAAGUGGAGAUUCUACCGCCAUCUAGCGCCGAACAGUCUCGUCAAGGCUUCAGGGCACAGUUGGAGAAGCGGCCAUAUUGGUGUAUAUCUAGACAGAGGGCGUGGGGCGUGCCUAUUCCAGCGUUAUAUUGUGGCGAUGACGUCAUUGUGCACGAGGGUAUCAUAGACAAUCUGUGCGCUCUCGUAGAUAAAGAAGGACCAGAUUCGUGGUGGACGUGUGAUGUUAAGCAUUUUUUACCAGAGGAAGUGUUGAAGGAAUAUGAUUUGGGAGGCAAAGUAGUCACUAAAGGGCAGGACAUAAUGGACAUCUGGUUCGACUCGGGCAUAUCCUGGAGCACCUUGUACCCGGGUGGGUACAGCAACAAGGCGCACUUGUACUCGGAGGGGCACGACCAGCUCACCGGCUGGUUCCAGACGUCGCUGCUCACAUCUGUAGCUUUGACUGGAGACGCGCCCUAUAGAUCAAUCUUCGUGCACGGAUUCGCAGUGGAUGAUAAGAAACGGAAAAUGUCUAAAUCUAUAGGCAAUGUUAUAGAUCCCGCUACGGUCAUACACGGAGGCAAAGACAGGAACUCACAACCAGCAUAUGGCAUCGACACCCUUCGUUGGUGGGUAGCCAGUCACGGUACACAGCAUUCGCAAAUAGUCAUAAGUAAAAAAUUACUAGAUGAUUGUCAAAGUGAAGUUAUCCGAAUAAGAAAUAUAUUAAAAUAUCUACUAGGGGUCGUUGGCAGUAUGGAGAAAACAGAUUUUGAAAAGACACCGCAAUUAAAUUAUUUUGAUCAGUAUAUUGUACAAGAAACCCACGAUUUUGUUAAACAAAUCAAAGAUAAUUAUAACAAUUUUAGGUACAAUCACGUAGCGCAAUCAAUUUUAUUCUUCAUAAGCAAUAAAGUAUCAAGUCUAUACUGCCAUUGUGUAAAAGAUAGACUAUACUGUUCAGAAAAAUAUUCAAACGGUAGAAUAUCAGCUCAAAUGGCAUGUCAUACGAUUUUCGUCUCUUUGUGUAAAGCGUUAGGACCUAUUUUGCCGCAUUUGGUAGAAGAAGCGUGGCAACAUCAUCCUCUAUUUGAAAAGCCUUUUUAUUUUUCGAACGAAUUCGAAACUUUGCCGCCAAAUCCCGUUGACAGUUCGAUCAUGGACGCCAUUCUGGAAAUCAAAAGAGAUAUUUGUGUUUCGGCAAAGAACGAAAACUUAAAAAAAUUUAAGGCUAAUAUUAAAUUGGGAUUAGAUUUGUAUAAUAAAUUGAUAGAAUUAAAUUCCAAAGAUGAUGUCAGUGAUACUGUUUUGUGUGAAAUAUUGGAAUUGUCAGAUGUCAAUUUGGAGGUUAUUAAUGGCGGGAAAAAGUGGCUUAUCGAACUGUCGGAGAGUAAUAAAGAUCAAUGUUUGAGAUGUAGGAAAUAUAAUGCAAUGGAAAACAGUGAUAAAUGUAUGAGGUGUGAGAAGGUCCUUAAUGCUUUGUAAGAAGGAACAGAAUUAAUUUAAACGAUAAAGUCAGUGCUGAUUAUGAUUUAUGAUCUAGUCUAAAUGUUAUGUAAAUAGUGUUACAUAGAUAAAUAAAAUAUUAGUUAAAAUGAUAA